AUGGAGCUAUCAACACGGUUCGCCAGCCCACCAGAUUACCAAUACCCAGCCCUCGAUGCUUCGAAAAGAGAAUUCCGUCUUAUCCGGCUUCUGACGCCCAAACCAUCGCUCAUCCCAGGCUACCAGGGCACUCUGCGCGUGGAAAUCAUCGAGACAACAACGAGGGUCGAGUCUGGGGAAACCUGCUCCUACAAUACGCUCUCGUAUGCCUGGGGCAAUGUAAGCAAUAGGCCCCAACGCACAGUGCUGGUUGAGGAUAGAGGCAAAACAUACAAACUUGCGAUUUACCGCCCAUUAGAGGUCGCGCUGCUACACCUAGUCGCGACCAGCGUACUCGACCUCCCGCUGUUUGUGGAUCAGAUAUGCAUCAACCAGGGGGAUACCAUCGAAAAGGCCCAUCAAGUCGCUCUCAUGAAGGACAUAUACAAGAAUUGCGAGCGAGGCAUCAUCUGGCUCGGCGCCGCAUCUCGCAACUCGGACACGUGGUACAAUUACGUUCGAGAAAGAUGCCACGACGGCAACGGGGUUCUAUGCGGCAUCAUCAACCACCGACUCGCAAGCUGCAUGAAUGUAUUCGACGCAGUCAUGGAUCUGUCCAUGGAGGUCAGUGACCAGGAGCGCGAGGAUCGCGACGCAAUACUAGACAUGAUACGUCUUCAUGGCGACGACUUUCCUCUAGCAGGAUACGAGGACAUUCUCGACCGUCGCUGGUUCCAGCGCCUUUGGACCAUACAAGAAGGAUGCUUGCCACGACAGCUCCUCUUGGCUUGCGGCAUGCAAUCGCUCUGCUUUGAUUGCUUCAAAGCCGGCAUGUUCUUCUACAGCCUGUACAACGCUCACUGGAAUAAAAACCAUUCAGGGCUAAAAUCUAGGCAGGAGCUCAAGCGUCGAGUCAUGCUUCUUCGCAAUGCCAACGCGUUUGGUCGUGUGAUGCAGGAACGCAGAGCCAUUCACGGGUCGAAUGACCAAAAGUCGCUCUAUGACAUUGUGCUCAGAUAUAAUGUCAAUGACCUCGAACCCAAGAUUGGCGCCUCCAUGGGCGAGGAUCGAAUCUUUGCACUGCUUGGGCUGGCAGCGGAUGACGACGAGUUCCGCAAAGGGGUGUGCGUGCAGUACGGCGGUACUAUGCGAACAUAUAGGGAUAUCGCACACCUAAUGCUGAAACAAGACGUCGAUACACUUCUCUUUAAUCAGUUUCCAAAGAACCUGGCAGGAUUACCGUCUUGGGUCCCCGACUGGAGCAUGAAUCUAGUUACGCCACUCGGCUAUAGCAAGCUGACUGAGCCCGAGUUUACGGCUGGGGGCGAAAAACAAACAGCCGACUUGUCGCUUGAUGAGCAAAAUGGUCUUGCCAUCAAGGGCACGCUAUUGGACAAGGUUGUUUUCGUGGGCGAGCGCACGUAUUCUGUUUCUCGUGAAUCCUUUACGCAUCCCCAAAUUGAUUAUCUAGAUGCCACUCUGUUUUUUAAUGAGAUAUCCGGCGUUGUACGGGACGCAGCGUCCGUGUAUAACGGUCAUUCGGCCUUGCCACUGGACCAAGAGGCGCGAGCCCUGCAGUUUCUUCGUGUCUGCGACUCUGGUCUUUCGUACUGGAGUUUGGCAAGGGAAUUUGGCCAUUCCGAGGCCAAAGAGCGUUUAGAAACAUGUUUUUACGUUGUCAAUUUCGUAGGAGAGAGCGCGAUCAAGUCUGAAGAAAGCUUGGCCGCGUGGUCCAUCACUCGUAUCUAUCAUACAAUUGGCGUUGUUCCGUGGUAUUUCCAAGCCGGCUCAGAAAUGGAAACACUCAGAUACUGGGCUCGAGGUCCCAUCGCAAUGGGAAAGUUACUAUAUGAAGGCGUUCAAGACUUCUUGUGGGAGAUGUUGAUGCUUUGCGCAUCAUCGGCUAUGCUCCAGGGGAUAUCUUGGUACAUUGACUUCAGGCGCCGGUUCAGAAAGAUUGACUACAAAGCUCACAAGGACCUAACAAAGGGCCCUAAGAUGCCAGAAGAGUGGGCGACGAAACUUGAACAAUAUGCCGCGGAGAGGCAUUUAUUCAGGCGUCAUUUGGUGAGAAACGCCGGCCGAAGAGUGUAUCGCACAGAAAGGGGUUACGUGGGAAUGGGGCCGCCGAAAAUUGAAUGUGGUGAUAUGGUGGCUGUUUUUCAUGGAGGCACGAUGGCGCAUAUUCUGCGUCCAUCCAAGGAUGACAGAGGUCAUGAUGAGGACACAGCUUGGGAGUAUAUUGGAGAAACGUACUGCGAUGGUAUUAUGCAUGGCGAGGCUUUGGAGUCGGGCGUUACUCACCGCGUACUGCUUGUCUGA